UUUAUUAGCACCCCAAGUUGCCAUUUGUCUAGAAAAGAGUAUAUUCUUUAUGUUUUGUUGUCAUUAGGAGUUUGUCGGAUGCAAUCUCAUAAAUGCGAAGCUAUUAAAUUAGUAUGAUUUCAGCUGUGGAAGCUAAAUGACAUAUAUUAUCAUUAAAACGCUAGAUCUGAGAAUAGAUAACUACAACGAGUGUCGUGUGCCGGGUAGGGAUUUAAGUUCUAAUUGGGCUUCACUCGGGCAAAGUAUGAAGCGGCAAAUGGCGCCUCCUUCACCAACAUUAGCUGCAGAAGAAACUGUAUCUCUUUCUGUGAUCAUUUUUCUCGUCAUGAUUUCCAGCAUUCUAGGAAACCUUAUAAUAAUACUAGUCAUCGUAAAAGUCAAGAGGCUUCUUUCAUCAUUUGCGAACAAGUUAGUCCUCAGUCUCGCUGUUUCCGACUUAACAACAGCUUGUUUUCCAGUCAACUACCAGCUUGCAAUAGCCUUGAACAUAACUCUUAUCAGCAAUGAAGGAGUCUUGUGUACAAUAGGGGGAUUGGCCUCGUACGCGAUAUUUCUUACCUCGAUACUGACCAAGGUCAUGUUGAGUAUUGAUCGUUUCAUUGCGCUUGGUCACCCUCUGAAGUACAACCUUCGUAUCAAGUCUAGCCUGAAAGCCUUCAUGGUCGUCUAUCCAUGGAUUCAUGGAAUACUCUUUGGUGUCUUCUGUGGAAUUCUCAUAGACAUCAAGUUUGAUCCCGCGAGUAGGGAUUGUGGAUUGGUAUGGAGAGAGCGACAUCUUGGGUUUACACUAUCGGUAUUAAUUGCGCAUUUUGUUCUUCCGUUUGGGAUGUUGGUCGUGAUGAAUACAAUGACUUUGAGACUUGUUCGCAGUCAAAAUCGAGUGCUGGUUAGACAGGAGAGUAGUACGCGCGACAUUGGGACAACAAUAGCAGGAAUAGACCGCUUGAGUAGGCGGCGAGCUGGUAGUGAGACGAAACUAGCCAAGAUGUCCAUGGCCAUAGUACUGGCAUUUCUACUUAGCUGGACUCCAUAUAUAAUAACUCGAGCGCUGUCUAUCUAUUGCUGCCAUGUUCCUUCCAUCGUGUUAAGGGGAGCUGUCAUAACGGCUGAUUUGACCUCCCUAAUAAACCCAAUCAUCUACUCGUCUUUGAGGUCCGAUUUACGCCAGUCUAUACGAGAUCUUUUUCGCAGACACAAUGUAAUGCAAGUGCACYCAGUAUUAAGGCAAGUUAGUGAUCAGAAACAAACUAGUCAGAUAUCUGAAUGCUAAAGAUUCGACCUCGUUCUAUAUAUGGUCCAAUUAACACCUGUUCUAAAGCAGCCCGAGAGCCUUUAUGCUUCUUUGAUUUUUUCUUCAUUUCAGUUUCAUUUCAGUGUCCCCAAUUAGUUGCAUAAACUAAAUCCAUCGACACUUAAAUAAAGUUAUUUAUUUUCUUUUCUUUUAAGCCAUGUUUAGCGGCGUAAUGGGACGCAACCCAAUACUAGAAGAAAAACUAUAGAACUAAUUGUAGAGAUUUUUGUUUUAUUUAAAAAUAACCACCUUGUGUAGAAAUAUUUACAAGGAUAAAACUCAUUGUCGCAGCAUGACAUGGAAAACUCUUAUAAAUGUUGUAUUAUACACACUCUUGRAGUAGAUAAAUUUGUAAUGAAUGUUAAUAAAUAAUGUAAAUACAUAACGCACGUAUACUAACAAUACCACACGAGUAAUGACCAAAACAAUAGAAAAACCGAGUUGACAUUACAGCAAGAAAAAAAAAA